CCCUUUACCCUUUCUUUCUCCCUCCACAACAACACUUUCAUUUUCUCUCUCUACACUCUAUCAAACAUCAUUCAUCACUCCCUCCUCUGUGUCUUGUCCUGUCCCCCACAACCAACAUCCUUUGUUUUCUUAACUCCUCAAAAACAAUAACAAUGGAGGAAAUCAAAUACUAUGAUACCAGGAAACGAGUUCGUGAUGACUCGGAUCUCGACUCGCCCGACUCCAAGCGAGUUCUCCGAGUUGAUCCCGAUUCCAACGAUAACUCGUCCGAGUCUCAUCUUUCACGUGUUAACUCCACCGGUUCAUGUGCUGACUCUUUCGGGUCGGAACAUGUUGAACCCGACUCGUAUGAGGUUAACAACGAGAUAAAAGAUGAGAUUUUGAACAUACUCGACGAAACAGAAAAUGUGACUGUUUCUGAAACCGUCAACACCACCGUGCAGGGUCUUGAAUCUUUCAUGAAAAGCUUUGAAGACGAAAUCUUUGCUCCGGGUCAAGAUUUGGACCCGAACUAUGUACCCGAGUCUAACGAGUUCAACCCGAACCUAGGCUAUCUUUUGGAAGCUUCUGAUGAUGAACUUGGUUUGCCACCGACGGUGGUACAAAACGAGGAAAAAGAAAAAGAGAUUCCUGAAAUUAACGAGUCGGGUCGGGUUGGCCCGGACGGAGUUGAUUUAAGCGGGUUUUUUUGGUUUGAAGAAGAUAUUCGUAACAAUGAAGCAUUUGGGUUUGGUGGGUAUGACACCGUUGCCGACGAGAACGGUGGUGGUUAUGUAACGAUUGAUGGGCUGUUUGAUUAUCCUGAACCUGCUGAUAUUUUAUGGCGGUCGGAGACGUUACAAGCUAUGUAGAACUUUCCGGCGCGGCGAGAUUUUGUGAUAGUUUCGCCGGAAUGUUUUGGUGAUGACUUUAGGAAGCACAUAUGAUGACGUAGAAGGGUAGAUGUGAAAAUUUAGAAUUAUGAAAUUUGUUGAAUAGGCCCCUGACUUGUUCGAUAAUUUUUUUUGUUCUAAAAAAUGUUUUAAUUUAUGAUGUCAAUGUGAAUCUGGACAUGGUUUUUUUCCUGCUUUUUUUUAAUUAAAAAAAAAAGAAAAGAAUGAAAGAUACGUUGGUUCCAGAUUCAAAA